CUGUCGCCGCCGCCGCCUCCUCCUCUUCCUUCCUUCCUUCCUUCUCCUCCUCCUGCUCCGGGACGCGGACUCUGCCCUUUGCCUGGCCGCCAGCGAUGGAGCGCUUCUCGGGCCGUCGGGCUCUCGUGACCGGGGCAGGCAAAGGGAUCGGCCGGGCUGUCGCGGUCGCACUGAGCCGUGCGGGGGCCCAGGUGGUCGCGCUGAGCCGGACCCAGGCGGAUCUCGAUGACCUGAGAAAGGAGUGCCCUAACAUCCAGACCCUGUGUGUAGACCUAGGAGACUGGAAUGCUACGGAGGCAGCACUGAGCCAAGUGGGGGAUAUUGACCUGCUGGUGAAUAAUGCCGCUGUAGCCCUGUUGCAGCCAUUUCUAGAGGUGACCAAGGAUGCCUUUGACAGGUCUUUCAGUGUCAACCUUCGAGCUGCACUUCAGGUAUCUCAGAUAAUUGCUCGGAAGCUAAUUGCUAGGGGAGCGCCAGGUGCAAUUGUGAACGUCUCAAGUCAGGCCUCCCAUCGGGCUCUGUCUGAUCACACCGUUUAUUGUUCCACCAAGAGUGCUUUGGACAUGCUGACAAAGUCAAUGGCUCUGGAGCUGGGUCCCCAUAAGAUUCGAGUGAACAGCGUGAACCCCACCGUUGUCAUGACUAAGAUGGGACGCCUCAACUGGACUGAUCCUCAGAAAGCUGGACCUAUGAUUAGCCGCAUCCCAUUGGGGAAAUUUGCAGAGGUGAACGAUGUGGUGAACAGCAUCCUUUUCCUGCUGAGCGACCAAAGCAACAUGACCACAGGUGCCAUGCUGCCGGUUGAUGGGGGAUUCCUUGCUUGCUGAAAAUCUGCCUGGGCAUCAGUCCCUGAAGAAAGGUCUCUCCUUGGUGUGUCUUCUCAUCCUGCAAAUACUGGAACGAGACACCGUAAAGGAAGAAAAGGAGCAAGGGCCAGUUCCAUCAAGGAACUGGUGAAGAUGAGAGAUUUUUUUUCCUCCUGGUCUUAAACAUAAACAAACCACACCUCCUUACUUAUGGAGAAAUGUUUAUUGUAUAAAAUAAGAGGUGUUCAGCUCAUCACUCUACACGAUGAUUUUAAAAACUGGACCCGUCUCCAUCCCAACCCCUUCAAAGCUCUCCCUGCUCCAUCCCCCAGUCCAUCAGUCCUGACAAAAGGAAGGGGUUGGCCAUCACCCUCCCACCUCCACUUUUUUUUUCUUUUAAUUUCCUUUUUCUUUUUCUCAAAAUCUUACAGAAAGGUUCCUGCUGUGUAGCCCCGCUCUGCCCUGGGCCGGGCACGGCGAACAAGACCUCCUUCCUCUUCCCUGUCUUUGGGAGAGUUGAUGGUCAGUAAACCAGCUUAGGAGCUGCGCACAGGCUGGUGCCCUGGAAGGCCAAAGACAGCUUUGGAUGGCACAGAAGCUGCUCUGAUCAUUUAAGCUCGGCUAUUGUCUCACACAAUAAAGCACUAAUGGCUAGUUCUGAAA